AUUCACCCCUUCAGUGAAAAGUGCCUGGUGCAGCGUGUCUACCGGUGUGCGGCUGGUAAAGAUGGCGGAUUCGUUGACACUUUUUACUUCUAUUGGCCUGACAGAGCAAAAAGCGAAAGAGACUUUGAAAAAUGAAGGUCUCAGUUCUAUCCUAAAGGAUGCUAUUGCUCAGGCCCACCAGGUCCAUGGGGCAGCAGGAGUGGACAAAGCCAUGGGGACCUUGCUGUACACCAUGGCUUCCCGCCUCAAAGAUGUCAAACGCCUGACCUUCCUUGCAGAACACAUUGCCCAACGGAAGAUCAACACAGAGCUGCAGCUGGCAGCUGCCCUGGACUUUGUGAAGAACCAUCCCCAGGACCCAAUCAACCAGAAUGAGUUUGAGUCUGCCUGUGGCGUGGGAGUAGUUGUCACCCCAGAGCAGAUCGAGGAUGCGGUGGAGGUUGUGAUCAAGAAGUACAAGGAAGAGCUGGUGAUGGAGAGAUACCGCUUCAAUAUGGGACUGCUUAUGGGGGAGGCUCGUGCAGCUCUGAGGUGGGCCGAUGGAAAGAUCAUCAAAAACGAGGUGGACAUGCAGGUCCUACACCUCUUGGGCCCAAAAACCGAGGCUGACCUGGAGAAGAAACCCAAGGUCCAGAAGACCAAAGCCCCUGAGAGUGAGGCCAAGGUCAAGAAGGAGGACCUGGCAGUGAACGGAGAUGUGAAAGGAGAAUGCAAAUCAUUGAUGGAGCAGCUCAGAGGAGAGGCACUGAAGUUCCACAAGCCAGGAGAGAACUAUACGACGGAGGGUUAUGUGGUCACUCCCAACACCAUGAACCUGUUAAAGCAACAUCUGGAGCUCACUGGUGGACAGAUCCGCACUCGCUUCCCUCCCGAGCCCAAUGGGAUCCUUCACAUCGGACACGCCAAAGCCAUCAACUUCAAUUUUGGCUACGCCAAGGCCAACGAUGGGAUCUGCUUCCUGAGGUAUGACGACACAAACCCUGAGAAGGAAGAGGAAAAGUACUUCACUGGCAUCAGGGACAUGGUGGAGUGGCUUGGUUAUAAGCCCUAUGCUGUUACUCAUGCAUCAGAUAACUUCCAGCGCCUUUUUGACUUGGCAGUUGAUCUUAUUCGCAGGGGCCAUGCCUAUGUGUGUCACCAAAGGGGGGAGGAGCUGAAAGGCCAUAACUCACCCCCAUCUCCAUGGCGAGACCGACCUUUUGAGGAGUCAUUGGUUCUGUUUGAGAGGAUGCGACGAGGCCUGUUUGCUGAGGGCGAGGCAACACUCCGGAUGAAGAUGGUCAUGGAGGAUGGCAAGCUGGACCCUGUGGCCUACAGAAUCAAAUACACAGCACACCAUCGCACAGGAGACGCAUGGUGCAUCUACCCCACCUAUGAUUACACCCACUGCCUGUGUGACUCAAUUGAGGAUAUCACACACUCACUCUGCACCAAAGAGUUCCAGGCCAGACGAUCAUCAUAUUUCUGGCUAUGCAAUGCCCUGGAUGUGUACUGUCCUGUGCAGUGGGAGUAUGGACGUCUGAACCUCACCUACACUGUUGUCUCCAAGAGGAAGAUAAUCAGACUGGUGGAGACAGGCAAAGUCAGGGAUUGGGAUGACCCUCGACUCUUCACGUUGACUGCGUUGAGGAGGAGGGGCUUCCCAGCUGAGGCCAUCAACAACUUCUGUGCAAGGGUGGGUGUGACAGUUGCUCAGGCAACGAUAGAGCCCCACCUUCUGGAGUCCUGUGUGAGGGAGGUGCUGAAUGACAAAGCCCCUCGCGCCAUGGCUGUCUUGGAGCCGCUCAAAGUCACCAUCACCAACCUACCUGAUGACACACAGAUGGAUGUGCAUGUACCAGACUUCCCAGCCAACGAAGCCAUGGGCAGCCAUGUGGUUCCCUUCACUCGCACCAUCUUCAUCGAACAAAGUGACUUCAGAGAGGUGAUGGAGAAGGGCUACAAGCGUCUGACCCCAGAUCAGCCUGUGGGUCUGAGGCAUGCCGGGUAUGUUGUCUCUGUGCAGCGGGUCAUCAAGGACUCUGAAGGUAAGGUGGUGGAGCUGGAAGUGACUUGCUGCAGCUCCUCUGAGGCUCCAGAAAAGCCCAAGGCUUUCAUCCAGUGGGUCAGCAAGCCUCUCAAGUGUGAAGUGCGCCUCUAUGAAAGACUAUUCCUCCACAAAAAUCCUGAAGACUCGUCCGAGGUGCCUGGGGGCUUUCUGAGCGACAUUAACCUUAAUUCCUUGCAGGUGAUUGACAGUGCCUUAGUGGACAGUUCAGUGAGAGGAGCGAAAGUCUUCGAUAAGUUCCAGUUUGAGAGAGUGGGUUAUUUCUCCCUGGACUCUGACAGCACUGCAGACAAGCUCGUCUUCAACAGAACGGUUACCCUCAAAGAGGAUCCUGGGAAGAUCUAAGGACAAGGAUCAAGCUGUACCAUCUACCCUUGAGCCCUUCAAAAUAUUUUGAAUGUGUGUUUGAGAGGCAUCUUUCACAGUGGAGACUCAGUGCAGGCUUCAGCAUUAUCUCACCAGUAAACUCUCCUAACAGAGUUCUAAGCAUCAUCAGUGACAACCCCUCUUUAUUUCUGUCUUUACUAAGACAAACAUGUUCAUAUGAUCAUAAACCUUGGCAGAAAGCAAGGGCCUUACAGCAACAUUUUUAUUGAGCUUCAUAGUCCGUAUUGAUGUCACACAAAAAGAUGAGCUGACAUGCAGUGUCUGGUUUUCUUACUGAGGCAUGGUGUUUUACCUUCUUCCAGCACCCACAUGUGGUUGUGUUUUUGUUACCUUGAAAAGGUGGCACAAUUUUGAGAAGAAACCAUGAAUAAAAAUUGUAAGUAUAUAAUG